ACUUGUAAUGAUCAUUCUAGUUUUAGUUCUAUCCUAUCUUUCAGACAUCACGUUCGCUAGUUAAAUUAUUAAUUCAUUGGAAUAAUUAUUACAUUUGAAUUUUUGAAAAUGGAUUAUAAAUUUUUUAUUGGAUUCAUGGUUCUAUUAAUCAUCUCAACUGAAAUUUCUGAGGGAAAAGGGCGUGGUGGAGGUCACGGCCAUAGUGGUGGUCACGGCCAUGGUGGUGGUCAUGGCCAUGGUGGUGGUCACAGUUCUUCCGGUUCAUCACACUCGGGAUCAUCCGAUUCAGGGUCAUCCAGUUCAUUAGGAUCAUCUGGAUACUCUGGAUCUUCACAUUCAUCAGGAGGAUCAGAUUCAUUCGGAUCGUCACAUUCAUUAGGAGGAUCAGAUUCAUAUGGAGGAUCAGAUUUAUCUGGAUCUGGAAUCUCUCAUUAUGGAUCAUCUGGGUACUCUGGAUCUGAUGGAGAUUCUGGAUCUUUUGGAUACUCUGGGCGUGGAAAUUUCAACCAUCACAGACACCACGACAAUGAUGAUCACUACUCAUCAGGUUCAAUUGACUAUACAACUGAACCUCCUUAUGAGUCUACUGAUGAAUUUAAAAGAAUGAAGGAACAUAGUGAUAGGAUGGCUGCUGAGUUAGAUGAAUACUUUAGGAAGUAUUCUCCGAAUAAACAGGCUACCAACAAUAACGACUACACAACGACAACAACCGAAGUUCCUAAGGUGACGAAUGACGAUCCUGACUUCAUGAAAUCGAUAGCCAGUGAUAUGGCAAAAACUCUCAAGUCAAUCAAAGAAUCACUGAAGCCUUUGGGUAUGGAUGUGAACUUUGAUGAUGCUGAAAGAAUAAAUAAUGAAUAUCUAAGGGGAAACUAACUUUAAGUAAAUAAAUACAAGUAGUUGAAUGUCGAAACGAAUAUUCUAGAAUUAAUGUAACAUAGAUAAAGACGGCAGAAAAAUUAAAAUACUAAUACAGUAAAAUCUCUAUAAUUCUAA